AUGGCCCAGCUUCCAGUGGUCAAAUUAUUAGCUGGAAUUAAAAAUUCUACUCAAUCUGCUGAACUAUUCUAUUUGGAUUUAUCAAAGCCAUUUGAUACUUCAAACAUAUUAUGGAAUUUAAUUCACGACGGAGAUCUUCCUAUAUAUACGUACGGUUCAACUACUGUCGUUAGUUUAGAUAAUUCUACAAUAUUUCUAAUUGGAGGAUAUAUAAAAAAUAAAACUACAAGCGAAUUAGAUUAUUCGAAACAAGUUUAUGCAUAUGAUUAUUCUACUUCUAAAUGGACUACACCAUCAAUUACUGGCGAUAAUGUUCCUAUCAGGCAGCAAAUGACAGGAGUAAUUAAUAAUAAAGGAAUUAUAUACAUAUUUGGUGGUUAUAAUACCACUAAUGCUACAGAAGAAGUUGGAAUAACUUACAAUGAAAUAAAUACAUUGAAUACUCAUUCAAUGACUUGGAAAAAUUUAAGCAUAAUUAAUAAUCUUCCUCCAGUGAGCAGUGACUAUUCAGCUAGUCUUUUACCAAAUGGAAUUAUUGUUUAUGUUGGCGGACAAGAAAAAAAUGACACUCUUACAAAAAUGAAUAGUAUAAAACUUUUUGAUACAAAUAAAGAUGAAUGGUCAUAUAUGGAUGCCAUUGGUGAUGAGGUUGACCCAAGAUGGAUUUUUGCUUCCGUAUUAAAUAGUUCUAAAGUCAAUCCUCCACCGUAUAUUUACGGACAUGCAGGAAAUUUAUAUUAUAAUAAUAUGAUAGUUACAUUUG